CAUAGUUUAUAAACCUUUUAUUUCUACACUAUAAUACUACAAUCUGGUUUUCAAGUCAAAGAGCUCAGUGGUAGGGCGAUCAAAUAUCUGAACCCUCAAAAUCCAGAAUGAGACGACACACAACAUAUAAUGACGAAGACAUGCGCGAUGCUACCAGGAGGAAGGGAGAGAAGGUCCCUGAAGAUAAACAACACGAAUCCACCAUUUACUCAUUCGGGACACAGGAGCAGGACACAGCAGCCACAGGCUUCCAGCGCUUCCUCAAUGUCCUCAACAAAGGGGUGGACAUCAACAAGCUCUCAAAGAUUGUCAACAACGUGAAUGAGUUACCCCCUAUACAGGAGGCCCAUCCCAAGACUGCCUACAGGAGUGAGUAUAAGGAGGCCCCAGCUCAGAACUCUCAGGAUUGCUUGGGGCCCCACAGUAGAGCUCUGCCACAAGACCACAGUCACUCUCACAUUCGUGAAGAAAGGAGGCUGGAUCUCCCACAUGGCCAGCUCCAGAGCCUGCUGGAGUCCAUCGGGCUAGACCUGGGGGUGGAGGAGUUGGGCCGACUGACAGACCGGACCAAGGAGAGGCUGUACGGGAUGAAGAGAGACCAGGAGAGGAGCCCGUUGAAGUCAGACAGGCACUCUAGUACUAGAGACUGGGACAGAGAACGAGACAAGGACACAGAGAGAGACUGCUCUAAGAGAAAUGGAGAAAGAGAACGGGACAGAGACUGGGCCAGUUCUGAGAGAGACCGAGAGAGAGACGGGGAAAAAUCUGAGAGAGACCGGGACAGACACUCUAAUACCAGGGACAAGCGCUCUGGUCCCAGGGACAGGCACUCUAGUACCAGGGACAGGCGCUCUGGUCCCAGGGACAAGCACUCUAGUACCAGGGACAGACGCUCUGGUUCCAGGGACAGGCACUCGGGUAUCAGGGACAGCAAUAGGGACAGGCGCUCUAGUACCAGGGACAGCCAGAGAGAUAGGCACUCUGAUACCAGGGACAGUGAGAGAGACAGGCACUCUGAUACCAGGGACAGUGAGAGAGACAGGCACUCUGGUUCCAGGGACUCGGGUACCAGGGACAGCAACAGGGACAGGCGCUCUAGUACCAGGGACAGCGAGAUAGAUAGGCACUCUGAUACCAGGGACAGUGAGAGAGAUAGGCACUCUGGUACCAGGGACAGGCGCUCUAGUACCAGGGAGAGAGACGAGGACAGGCGCUCUAGUACCAGAGACAGUGAGAGAGACAGGCACUCUGGUGCCAGGGACAGGCGCUCUAGUACCAGGGAGAGAGACGAGGACAGGCGCUCUAGUACCAGGGACAGAGACGAGGACAGGCACUCUAGUACCAGGGACAGAGACGAGGACAGGCGCUCUAGUACCGGGGACAGGCGCUCUAGUACCGGGGACAGGCGCUCUAGUACCAGGGACAGGCGCUCUAGUACCAGGGACAGGCGCUCUAGUACCAGGGACAGGCGCUCUAGUACCAGGGACAGAAACAGGGACGGGCGCUCUAGUACCAGGGACAGGGACGGGCGCUCUAGUACCAGGGACAGGAACAGGCGCUCUAGUACCAGGGACAGGGACAGGCGCUCUAGUAACAGGGACAGAGACCGGGACAGGCGCUCUAGUAACAGGGACAGAGACCGGGACAGGCGCUCUAGUAACAGGGACAGAGACCGGGACAGGCGCUCUAGUAACAGGGACAGAGACAGGGACAGGCGAUGUAGUACCAGGGACUGGGACAGAGAUGGUGACCGGGAAAAAGAAAGUGACAUGGAUUGGUAUAGGGACAAGUCCAAGGAAAGCUCUGCUGAGCUCAACACACACAAGGACCCUAUAUAUCCUUUUUCUCACCCUCCUAAUGCAUCUAUGAUGGCAACCUUCUCCACCACCCAGUUCUCUCUGUAUACCAGCAGCCCCUACGCCAAUGCCUUCCCUCCAGGUUGGGGUUAUCCCCCUGGCACCAUGCCCCCUGUUACCAUGCCCCCUGGCACCAUGCCUCCUGGCCUUAUGCCCCCUGGUAGCAUCCCCCUGGUACCAUGCCUCCUGGUACCAUGCCCCUGGUCUUAUGCCCCUGGCCUUAUGCCCCCUGGUACCAUGCCCCCAGGCCUUAUGCCCCCUGGCCUUAUGCCCCCUGGUACCAUGCCCCCAGGCCUUAUGCCUCCUUGUACCAGGCCCCCUGGCCUUAUGCCCCUGGCUUUAUGCCCCUGGUAUUAG